UCAGUGGCGGUUUGUUUCCAAGCAGAAGCGGUGCUUCGGCGGGACGAUCUAUAGAGUCUAAUAAGACUUAUAUUGUCUUUAAAUCAUAUAUUGGAGCCAUUUAUCAUAACUCAGUAUCUUAAGAUAAUCCUGCGACAUUUCUGUGGCCGCAUUUCUGCAGAAAGUGACAUUUGAUGGCUCGAAACGUGGCGGUUUGCUAACGGCGGAGCGGCCGCGCUAGGAGGCGCGUUGCCCGGACACAGCGGUGAGGAGAGACCGGGGAGCUGAGGCCUAGUGCGGAGAAGCCGGAGAAACAGGAUGUCGGACUCGGACAGUGACGAGGAUCAGGAUCGGCCCUUCCACCUGACCGGCUUCCUGUUCGGAAACAUUAACGAGGAUGGACAGCUGGAAGACGACAGCGUGCUGGACACGGAGUGUAAGAAGCACCUGGCUGGUUUGGGUUCUCUGGGUUUGGGUGCUCUGAUUACGGAGAUCACAGCGACUGAGGAGGACUCGGCCAAUCAAGACAGAGAGCAGAGCGGCACAGACGCAGACGGCUGGGUGAAAAGCACUGAUGAUGCUGUGGAUUAUUCUGACAUCAGUGAAGUUGCUGAAGAUGAAACUCGCAAAUACAGACAGGCGAUGGGGAACCUCCAGCCGUCACAGAGAACAGAUGAUGAGGAUGAUUAUGACGCUGACUCUGAGGACAUUGAUGCUAAGCUCAUGCCUCCUCCGCCACCCCCUACCCAACCAGUCACGGCAAAAAAAGAAGACCUGCCUACCCAGAGCAGCAAUGUGAGUGAUGAAGGUGAUGGUAUAAUUCUUCCCUCCAUCAUCGCUCCCUCUUCCGCGGGUGAAAAGGUGGAGUUUAGCAGCUCGUCUGACAGCGAGAGCGAGAGUGAUAGGCCGACGACCGGUGCUGGGGCGGGGCCUCAGAGUGGAGUGCUGACGCUACCACUCGCUGGCAUCAUGCAGAGAGAUGCCGCUAAAGCGUUGCCUGGGGUUACCGAACUGUUCCCCGUGUUCCGACCGGGCAAGGUUCUGCGGUUCUUGCGCCUGUUUGGACCGGGGAAGAACAUGCCGUCCGUCUGGCGCAGUGCCAGGAGGAAGAGGAAGAAGAAGCACAGAGACGCUCAUUCGGACACACCCAUUGCAGACGGGGAAUCGCAAGCUUUGGAGGGCGGUACCAAUAAGAAAUCAGGGUGGGAAUAUGAAUAUGCCCCGCCUCCACCGCCAGAGCAGUGUCUUUCAGAUGAUGAGAUCACUAUGAUGGCUCCAGUGGAGAGUAAGUCUAUGCAGGUGGUCUGUGAGGGGGAUAAGGUCACAGACCUGCGACCGAAGGUGGCAGAGUGGCGUUACGGUCCUGCUCAGCUCUGGUACGACAUGCUGGACGUUCCGGAGGAUGGAUCAGGAUUUCACUACGGCUUCAAACUUCGAGAGGAAACACCGCAGCAGGAUGAGAAGCCUGCCGACACACCAGCUCCUGCACAGACCCAGCAAGAGGAGCUGGACUCACACCACCACCUUCAGAAGGAAGAAGAGGAGACAGCGGAGGAGGAGGAGGAGGAAGAGAAGAAGGCUGACGGAGCCCAGCUGGAGGACGAGAUGUUUUUGAUGGUCACUCAGCUGCAGUGGGAGGAAGAUAUCAUCUGGAACGGAGAGGACGUGAAGCACAAGGGCACUAAGACCCAGAGAGCCAGCCUGGCAGGGUGGCUGCCCUCCAGCAUGACCCGCAACGCUAAUGCUUAUAACGCACAACAAGGUCUGAACCGCAGCAAUUCACAGCUGGUGCCCCCGACUCCAACCCCCAUUGCCAAAACUCCAUCUAUAACCGGAUCCAAGCGAGACAAACACAGUCACGACCACCUCAUUUGUCAUGAGGACGACAAUCCGUGGUAUUCCAUAUUCCCUAUCGAUAAUGAGGAGCUGGUGUACGGACGCUGGGAGGAUAACAUCAUCUGGGACGAUCAGAACAUGAACUACCUCCUCUCUCCGCCCGUACUGACCCUCAACCCCAACGAUGAGAACAUCAUACUGGAGAUUCCUGAUGAGAAGGAAGAGAGGACGUCUCACUCUCCGUCUAAAGAAAAUAAGAAGGAAUCUGCACUGAAAAAGAGCCGAAUUUUGCUGGGAAAAACCGGAGUCAUUAAAGAGGAACCACAGCAGAACAUGUCUCAGCCGGAGGUCAAGGACCCAUGGAACCUCUCCAAUGAUGAGUUCUACUACCCCAAACAGCAGGGGCUUAGGGGCACUUUCGGGGGCAACAUCAUCCAGCACUCUAUCCCUGCGGUGGAGUUGAGGCAGCCGUUCUUUCCCACCCACAUGGGUCCAAUGAAGUUGCGUCAGUUCCAUCGGCCCACGCUGAAAAAAUACUCGUUCGGCGCUCUGUCCCAGCCGGGCCCGCAUUCGGUUCAGCCUCUGCUCAAACACAUCAAGAAGAAGGCCAAGAUGCGAGAGCAGGAGCGACAGGCCUCUGGCGGUGGUGAUAUGUUCUUCAUGCGUACGGCUCAGGAUCUAACGGGUAAAGAUGGAGAUUUGAUCCUGGCUGAGUAUAGCGAGGAAUAUCCUCCUCUGAUGAUGCAGGUCGGCAUGGCAACCAAGAUCAAGAACUACUACAAAAGAAAGCCGGGUAAAGAUCCAGGUGCUCCAGACUGCAAGUAUGGAGAAACGGUGUACUGCCAUACCUCACCUUUCCUGGGCUCACUCCACCCCGGACAGCUCCUGCAGGCCUUCGAGAAUAACCUGUUCCGAACUCCGAUCUACCUGCACAAGAUGCCGGAGACAGAUUUCCUGAUCAUCCGCACCAGGCAGGGCUACUUUAUUCGGGAGGUCUUAGACAUAUUUGUGGUUGGGCAGGAGUGCCCGCUGUACGAGGUGCCAGGACCCAACUCCAAACGCGCCAACACACACAUCCGAGACUUCCUACAGGUGUUUAUAUACAGACUGUUCUGGAAGAGUAAGGAUCGACCGAGACGUAUCCGGAUGGAGGAUAUAAAGAAAGCUUUUCCGUCUCACUCGGAGAGCAGCAUCCGCAAGCGCCUCAAACUCUGCGCAGACUUUAAACGCACAGGUAUGGACUCUAACUGGUGGGUCUUAAAGCCUGAUUUCAGGUUGCCCACAGAGGAGGAGAUCCGAGCUGUAGUUUCUCCUGAGCAGUGCUGCGCUUAUUACAGCAUGUUGGUGGCAGAACAGCGACUGAAGGAUGCUGGUUAUGGUGAGAAGUCUUUCUUCGCUCCAGAGGAAGAAAAUGAGGAGGAGUUCCAGAUGAAGAUUGAUGAUGAGGUGCGUACGGCUCCGUGGAACACCACUCGUGCUUUUAUCGCCGCGAUGAAGGGGAAAUGCCUGCUGGAGGUCACGGGGGUCGCGGACCCCACCGGCUGCGGAGAGGGCUUCAGUUACGUUAAAGUGCCAAACAAACCCACUCAGCAGAAGGAUGAACGUGAGCCUCAGCCUGUGAAGAAGACAGUAACAGGGACGGAUGCCGAUCUCAGACGCUUGUCACUCAAAAAUGCCAAACAGCUCCUGCGCAAGUUUGGAGUUCCAGAAGAAGAGAUUAAGAAACUGUCUCGCUGGGAGGUGAUAGAUGUGGUGAGGACGAUGUCCACUGAACAGGCUCGUUCAGGUGAAGGCCCGAUGAGUAAAUUCGCCCGCGGCUCACGAUUCUCUGUCGCGGAACACCAGGAGAGAUAUAAGGAGGAGUGCCAGAGGAUAUUCGACCUGCAGAACAAGGUGCUGGAGUCUACUGAGGUGUUAUCGACAGACACAGACAGCAGUUCUGCUGAGGACAGUGAUUUUGAGGAGAUGGGGAAGAACAUAGAGAACAUGCUGCAAAACAAAAAGACGAGUUCCCAGCUGAGCCGGGAGAGAGAGGAGGAGGAGCGAAAGGAGCUUCAGCGCAUGCUUCUGGGGGAGGAUGGGUCAGACCGGGACAAGAGCCGCAAGGAGAGACGAAAAGCAUUCUCAAGCGCUCAGUCCACCAGCUCUCACAAAGACGACGAUGCCUCCUCGGUUACGAGUCUGAACUCCUCAGCGACGGGGCGGAGGCUGAAGAUCUACAGGACCUUUCGGGACGAGGAUGGUAAAGAAUACGUCCGGUGUGAAACGGUCCGUAAACCGACUGUCAUUGACGCUUACUUGCGCAUCCGCACCACCAAAGACGACGAGUUCAUUCGUAAGUUUGCUCUCUUUGAUGAGCAGCACAGGGAGGAGAUGAGGAAAGAGCGCCGGAGGAUCCAGGAGCAGCUCCGCAGACUCAAACGCAACCAGGAGAAGGACAAGUUCCGCUGUCCGCCAGAAAAACGCCCCAAAAAGGCUAAAGAGAGACCCGAUCUGAAGCUGAAAUGUGGAGCAUGUGGAGCGAUCGGUCACAUGAGGACGAAUAAGUUCUGCCCGCUGUACUAUCAGACUAACGCUCCGCCCUCUAACCCUGUCGCCAUGACAGAGGAGCAGGAGGAGGAGCUGGAGAAGACCGUUAUUCAUAAUGAUAAUGAGGAACUCAUCAAAGUGGAGGGAACCAAAAUCGUACUAGGAAAACAGCUCAUAGAGAGUGCGGACGAGGUGAGGAGGAAAUCUUUGGUGCUGAAGUUCCCCAAACAGCAGCUUCCACAAAAGAAGAAGAGACGUGUCGGCAGCACUAUACACUGCGACUACCUGAAUCGUCCCCAUAAGUCGAUCCACCGCAGGAGGACGGAUCCCAUGGUCACUUUGUCCUCUGUACUGGAGAGCAUCAUUAACGACAUGAGAGAUCUAUCAAACACAUAUCCGUUCCACACCCCGGUGAACGGAAAAGUGGUGAAGGAUUAUUAUAAGAUCAUCACACGGCCGAUGGAUCUGCAGACGCUCCGGGAAAACGUCCGGAAACGGCUCUAUCCCUCCAGAGAGGAGUUCAGAGAGAGCGUGGAGCUGAUCGUCAAAAACAGCUCGACUUACAACGGAGUGAAGCAUCCUCUGACGCAGGUGGCUCAGGCCAUGCUGGACCUGUGUGACGAAAAACUCAAGGAGAAGGAGGAGCGUCUGGUGCGUCUGGAGAAGGCCAUUAAUCCUCUGCUGGACGAUGAUGACCAGGUGGCGUUUUCCUUCAUCCUCGACAACAUCGUAACACAGAAGAUGAUGGCUGUCCCUGACUCAUGGCCGUUCCAUCAUCCCGUGAAUAAGAAGUUUGUUCCCGAUUAUUAUAAAGUCAUCGCUAACCCCAUGGACCUGGAGAACCUGCGCAAGAACAUCAGUAAACACAAGUAUCAGAACCGUGAGAUCUUCCUGGCAGACGUCAGUCUGAUCCACGCCAACAGCGUCAAAUACAACGGUCCUGACAGUCAGUACACCAAAACCGCGCUGGAGAUCGUGAAUGUCUGUAAGCAGACCUUAGAAGAGUAUGAUGAACAUCUGACUCAGUUGGAGAAGGACAUCUCUACGGCUAAAGAAGCUGCUCUGGACGCUGCUGACCUUGAGAGUCUGGAUCCGUUGACCCCUGGACCAUACACACCUCAGGGUGAUGCUAGCCUGUUAGCCGAGGCUACGCUAGUUCCUCCCGUCCCUCAGAAACGAGGGGGGCAGAGUCGUGGGCGUGGCCGAAUGGGGGAGGAGGAGUCUGAUGUUGAUAUUGAAGGAUUUGAAGAAGACGAUGACGGCAAACCCAAAACACCUGCUCCGGCUGAGGAAGGUGACCUCGAUGAUGAUGAUGAUGAGAUGCUGCUACCACCACGGCGAAGGAUAGAUGAGGAUGAUGAGGAGUAUGAUGAAGGCUCAAGCAGACCAGCGCAGGCCAGUGUCCUCUAUCAGGACCUGCUGAUGUCGGAUGGAGAAGAUGAAGGCAGCGACGAGGAGGGAGAUAACCCGUUCUCCUCGAUCCACCUUUCAGAGAGUGGGAGUGACAGCGAGCGGGAGGUGGGGCAUCAGGAGACCGCCCGCAUGGGAAUGGAACAGGAAGAGAGCAUGAUGUCAUACGAGGGGGAGGGGCCAGACGAGGAUACACACAUGGAGGACAGCAAUGUCAGUUACGGCAGCUAUGAUGAAGCAGACAGUCAGCGUCAGGGGCGGAGCUCCAGCCCAGGCGGAGGGGUGGGAGUGUACGGAGUGAGCGAAGAAGAGGAGGACGAAGAGGAGGACGAAGGAGAAGAGCGACGGAGGGGCCCAAGUGUUCUCAAUCAGGUUCAGCUCAGCGAGGACGAGGAGGACAGCGAAGAGUUCAGAUCCAUCGGAGGAGACAGUGACAUGGACUCGGAUAAUUAACCACAACAUAAUAACACGGCAGUUUGGCUGCAGCGUCACUCGUUCUGCUGUGUUUGAACUUACGCUGAUCACAGAUCUGUACAUAUUCUACACUGUGUAGUGCAUCGUGCAACACGAGUGAUGAUUCCUCAUUUGAUGUGGACAUACAAACGUAAACGAUUUAGUUUGUGUUUUUAUAAUUCUGUUAUUUUUUUAUGUGAGCCAGUGAAGUCUGUGAUGUCAGGAGAGUGACUGGAAAUUAAAGUUUGUGUUCCAGAGCGUCGCAUUCUGAUAAUAUGUGAAAUAAAUGUUCAAGCCUGGUUUCACAGUCAAACAGUGUGAGGGACAUCACUACAGGCUACCAAGGCUGGACUACUUUGGUAAUUAGGUUGCAAUAAAUGUAUAAAAUUAUUCUGACAUGCUUUCAGAUACUAAUCCUAAAUACGAAAGAACUGUUAAAUGGGAUGAAGUUCUAACAAAAUUAUCAUCCAGAAUGAAUUUUUUAUCAAAUUUACAUCAAAAAAGAUGAUCAAAUGAAUGUUUAAAAUGAAUUUCUAUUGAAAUUUACGUCAAGAAUGAUUGAUCUAUUAAAAUUAAUAUCCUAAAUGAUGUCUGAUUAAAAAUAACAUUCAGAACGAUUUUCUGAUAAAAUUACCCUCUGGAGUCAAAUUCUAAUCCAGUUGUUGUGAAUGAAGUUAUAAUAAAAUUAACGUCCAGAAUAAAGAUCUAAUCAAAUUAA